AUGGACGGCACACAAUUAAGAGAUGAGGCUGUCGCCGAUCGUGUGCGGUCUGCCCAAGAAUUCCUUGAUCCACUUGAUGGAUCUGCAAGAACCUAUCGAUCCGAAAUUAUUCUCAUGCUUCAAAAACACCAACGACGUCUAAUUGUCAGUAUCGAUGAAGUCCGCGCACAUAAUCCAGAAUUGGCAAAUGGCCUUCUCGAACAACCAUUUGAUUUCGCCCAAGCAUUCGACCGUGCAUUAUUUCAAAUCGUACAAACACUUCCAACUAGCAAUGCUCAACAAUCUUCUGAGGAUACUAUGUACUAUUGUGCUUUCUCCGGAAGUUUUGGUCAAUUUGCAUGUAAUCCUAGGACACUGUCGAGUACACAUUUGAAUAGAAUGGUUAGUUUGGAAGGGAUUGUUACGAGAUGUUCUUUAGUGAGGCCGAAGGUGGUCAAAAGUGUGCACUAUAAUGAGAAGAAGAAGAUAUUCCAUUUCCGGGAAUACAAGGAUCAAACAAUGGCUGCGAGUGGAGCAAGUACAUCGAGUGUUUAUCCGCAGGAAGAUGAGCAGGGAAACCCACUGGUGACGGAAUAUGGCUAUUGCACAUACAGAGAUCAUCAAACGAUAUCUAUUCAAGAAAUGCCGGAAAGAGCACCAGCAGGUCAACUUCCAAGAGGUGUGGAUGUUAUUUUGGAUGAUGAUUUGGUUGACAAAGUUAAGCCUGGUGAUCGAGUACAACUUGUGGGAAUAUACAGGAGUUUGGGAAAUAGAAACGCGGGGCAUAGCAGUGCGCUUUUCAAAACAGUGGUUUUGGCUAAUAAUGUGGUUCUUUUAUCGUCCAAAUCUGGAGGAGGAAUUGCGACACAUACCAUUACUGAUACGGAUAUUCGAAACAUUAACAAGAUUGCAAAGAAGAAGAAUCUCUUCAACCUUCUCUCUCAGUCUUUGGCGCCAAGUAUUUACGGACACGAACAUAUUAAGAAAGCUAUUCUUCUCUUGCUAUUAGGUGGAUUGGAAAAGAACCUUGAGAAUGGAACACAUUUGAGAGGAGAUAUCAAUAUUCUCAUGGUUGGUGACCCCUCUACCGCCAAAUCUCAAGUUCUCCGUUUUGUCCUCAAUACCGCUCCUCUCGCGAUCGCAACAACAGGUCGAGGAUCUUCUGGUGUUGGUCUCACAGCCGCUGUUACAUCUGAUAAAGAAACUGGCGAACGUCGUCUCGAAGCAGGUGCCAUGGUUUUAGCUGAUCGUGGAGUGGUAUGUAUCGAUGAAUUCGACAAGAUGUCCGACAUAGACAGAGUAGCCAUUCACGAAGUCAUGGAACAACAAACUGUCACAAUCGCCAAAGCCGGUAUACAUACCUCCCUCAACGCUCGCUGUUCCGUCAUCGCAGCCGCUAAUCCUAUCUUCGGUCAAUACGACACCCACAAAGACCCCCACAAGAAUAUCGCACUCCCUGAUUCUCUCCUUUCUCGUUUCGAUUUACUAUUCAUUGUGACAGACGACAUUGAUGAUUUCCGCGAUCGACAAAUUUCCGAACACGUGUUAAGAAUGCACCGAUACCGUGACCCGCAAACCGAAGAAGGAGCCCCCGUCCGUGAACAAGCUCAUCAAACCCUUGGGGUAGGCGUUGAACAAGAAGCAGACGCCAACCAAGUAACACAUGUCUACGAAAAGUUUAACGAAAUGUUACACGCCGGUGUAACUGUGACCACUGGCCGCGGCGCUCAUCGCAGAGUCGAAGUCUUGAGUAUCCCUUUCAUGAAGAAAUACAUUCAAUACGCCAAAACUCGAAUAAAGCCAGUUUUGACCCAAGAAGCUAGUGACAGGAUUAGCGAGAUAUAUGUAGCACUAAGAAACGACGAUAUGCAAGGAAAUCAACGAAAGACAAAUGCAAUGACAGUGAGAACACUGGAAACCAUGAUUCGUUUGAGUACUGCGCAUGCGAAAUCUAGAUUGAGUAAUAGGGUUGAGGAGGUAGAUGCACUGGCUGCUGAGAGUAUCUUGAGAUUUGCGCUUUUCAAGGAGGUGCUUGAAGAUGAGAAGAAAAACAAGAGGAGAAAGACUAGACCUCUUGAAGACGAGUCUUCAGGAAACGAGAGUUCAUCGUCAGAUGAUGAUGAUUCGCCUGCUCCCACUUCUCGCGCCCCAUCUUCGAGGGCAACUCGUACACCUGGCACGGCAAGGACAAGAGCUUCGGCGGCUUCUUCUUCCAGAAACAACGGUGCGCGUCCAAGUGCGGCGCAGAAUAACAUUGAUGAGGGGGAAGACGAUUUAUAUACAGCAAGUCCAGUACGCUCUCGUCCAGUUGGAGCAUCUUCAAGUCGCGGACCAACACAAUCCCAAACCUCAUUCGCAUCUUCUCUUCCUGCUUCUGAGGCAUUGAGGGGUACUUCAAGUCAAUCCCAGUCUCAAUCACAAGAUGUCGAGGAACAAGACGAAGAAGAGGAACUUGCCGUAGGAACCGCCGCACUUAACGUCUCAACAGGUAUUACACCCAAUCGUUUUUCUGUCUUCCGCACAACAUUGGGACAAAUGAUGAGUACUGCCCUCUUUGAAGACGACAGCGCGGAUGUAAAUGCUAUCAUCGAAGCUGUGAAUCGACGUAUCGGAGGAGGAGCAGGAGGUAGUUUUGAGAGGGCCGAGGGAGUGGCAGCACUUAAAGCGAUGGAUGAGAAGAAUUAUAUCAUGUAUACGGAGGGAGAUGUGGUUUAUAAGAUCUAG